AUGUGCACCCCACUGCUGGUGACACAGGUGAUGGCACCUGCAGGGCUCUCUCCCUAUGGUUUCCGCAACUGCAUCCAGGCACCAUGGGACCCUGGACUGUUCUGCUGCAUCCACCGCUUCCUGAGUGCCGUGGGGGCUGCAGUGGAUGACCUCUCCUCCACUGCCAAAUCCCUCAACAUCUCUGUCAAAAUCUUGCACCAGGUACCCACUGAUGCCUUUGCCCACCUGCCAUGGCUCUACACCCUUGAUCUGAACCACAACCAGCUGGAACUCCUGGCCCCAAGGUUUUUCUGGGGGCUGUCAACACUGGCACACCUAGACCUGGCCCACAACAACAUGUCAGUGCUGGCCACAGGUGUGUUCACCAGGCUGGGCAAUCUGAGCACACUGUGGCUAGACCACAAUCUGCUACAGAAGGUGGCCCCCAAGGCUUUCCCUGCUGCACUCAGCACGCUCCAGCUGUGGGGUGGCCGGCUCAGUGCACUGGAACCCGUGGCCAUGGCUGUGGGGAAUCUGACACACCUAGACCUGCUUGACCUGUGUGGCAACAUGCUGUCAACACUGGGCCCAGGGCUGCCACCAAUGCUGAGGGUCCUGCACAUCUGCAACAACUCCCUGGGAGCUCUUUCAGGGACCACCCCUGGGGUGAUGCCCCCAGGGGUGCAUGUGCUCAACCUGUCGUACAACAACAUCUCAGACCCUGCACUGCUCGCUCGCCUGUGCCUGAACAACCAGACAUACCUGCACCUGGCUGGGAACCCGCUGGACGUGGUGCAACUACUGCAUGUGGCUGGAGUAUCCCCACACCAGGUGGACAUGUCAGGGCUACAGGUGGGUGCAAGUGGCUUGGAAUACCUGUGCCAGCAGCUGACAGGACAGUGGCUUCAGAAACUGCACCUGCAGUGCAUGGGGCUCACAGCAAUGCCCAAUGGGGCUCUGGCCAAGUGUCCGGUGCUGGGUGCCCUGGAUGUGUCUGGCAACCAGCUGCAGCAACUGGGCUGCAUAGGGACACUGUUGCAAGGCCACGCAAUCGACUGCAGCAGCGACCAACAGGAGCCUGUCUCCGUGUUGGUAGUCAACACACUCGACAGCAGCGGUGAUCAACAGCAGCCUGUCUCGGAGAGAGAGCAUGUCUCCACAUCUGUCUGCCAGCCUGAGGAUGCCCCGGGGGCCAACCCCGAGGCCCCGCUGCACGCCCCGACUGCCCCGCUGCUCCUCGCAGGUCUGAGAGAGCCACCCGUUGCUCCAGUGGCAGUGGCGCCGCCCCCGCCAGCUCCGCGGAUGCUGCCCGUCCCCGCGGCCCUUCCCGCAGUCGCCCCUCCAGCACAGCCCCUGAGGGCUCCGACCAUGGCAGCCCCGCCUUCACCUGCCACGCUGGUGAAGGAUGUUGAAGCUGAGAACAGCGACCAGCAAGCGGCACCGCCCCCACCAGCCCCUUCAGCGUGCAAUACAACACUGCACCAGCUGGAAGACCUCAACCUGUGCAACAACUGUGUGGCUGUGCUCUUCCAUGGCGCCUUCAAGGGGCUUGACCUGGGUGGGAACAACCUGCAGCACUUGGCAGCCAUGGCAUUACAGAGCCUCCCGCAGCAUUGCUGGCUUUACCUGUACCGCAACCAGCUGUUGGAGGUGAAGGCAGCCGCAUUCCAGUUGGUGCAGGUGACACUGGGUUUGCUGGACCUGCAUGCCAAUGCACUAUGCUACCUGAGCCAACACCUACGGCAACUGCCGCCUUUUAGCUACCUGCAUAAUCUCUAUGACCUGAAGCUGCAGGUGCAGCAGCCUUAUGGGAUGCAUAUGGUCCCACAACGCUUUUUCCAGGGCCUCAGUGCCUUGUGCUCCCUCUACCUGUCACAGAACUCGCUCUCGGCCAUCCCUGCAGAUGCCUUUUAUGACCUGGCGCAGCUGCAGUACUUGACUCUGGCUGACAGCAACGGUGGGAUGGGCCACCUGCCUGCCAGCAUCUUCAAGAACCUGAGAGAAUGGUGCAACCUGAACUUGGAGAGUGCAGGAGUGUGCAGCCUUGACCCUGAGGUCUUUGGCAACCUGACAUGACUGAAGGAGCUGUGCCUGGCCAAGAACAAUCUGCGUACACUGGAUGUGACUCUGACAAUGGGCCUCCCCGCCCUGCUCUAUCUGGACCUGUGCAAGUGCUCACUGAGUUACAGCUGUGUCGAUGCCUGUCUGCCUUCCUGGCUGGUGCAUGGGCCUGUGCAGAUAGUCUACCUGUAUAACUACACAUGUGGUGAGAUGGAUGGGGCCUCCGCAUACCUGCACUGCUUUGACACAUAUGUAUGCUACCUGGACAUGGGGCGGUACCUGUUUGCAGGGACAGCACUGUCUGUGCUGCUACUGCUGGUGCUGUCUCUGCUGCAUCACUGUGGGUGCUGGAAGUUGUGCUACCAGCUGUUCCUGAUGCAUGCGUGGGCACAUGGGCACUGCUGGUGGGAGCAGCAGCCCUACACCUAUGACACCUUCAUGUCCUACAACUCCAGGGAUGAGCGGUGGGUGCUGGAGGAGUUGGCGCCUGCUGGAGCCCUGUGGCUCUGCCUGAACCACCAUGAUGUUGGCCCCGACCGCUCCACAGUGGACAACAUUGUGGAUGCUGUGUACAACAGACAGUACACUGUGUGUGUGGUAAGCUGUGGGUACCUAUGCAGCAAGUGGUGCUCACUGGAGAUCCAGAUGGCCAGCUAUUUCCUCUUCAAUGAGCUGCAUGAUGUCCUUGCCCUCAUCUUCCUCGAGGACAUCCUCUUGGCCUUCCACCACAUGCGCCAUGUGCUGCUGGGGCGCACACCCUCCGAGACCCCCGCACAGCCCCUCUUCUGGGCAAAGCUCAGGUGUGCCCUGAUUGGGGGGGGAAGGGGGGAAGAAGAGGAGGAGGAGGACAAGGAGAGAGGGGGCAGGGAGGAAGGGUGCCCUGGAAAAUCCAGGACCCCCAGGGAAGUUCUCCCUCAGGAAAGCAACUUUCUGCACCAGAAUCACUGUUUUUUAUCUGAGGAAGGUGUCCUGUGGAGUGGGGUUGAUGGCAGCAAGGAGGAAGAGGAGAAUGAGGAGAGGAAGACAGGGGGCAGGGAGGGAGGCUGCCCUGACAGGACUGGGACCACUGUGGAGGUUCCCUCUCAGAAAAGCAGUUUUUUGCCUCAGAAUCACCGACUUUUCUCUUGGGAAUAUGCUCUGCACCUUGGGGAUGAAGGUAACAAGAAGGACGAGGAGGAAGAGGAGGAGAAGGUGGAGGAGGAGGAGAAAGGUUGCCAGGAGAGAGAGCAGCUGCUCUAG